AUGAAACCCCAACUUGAAGUAGAAGGCGAUAUGCCGAGAGAAUCGGCGAUUAAAAGGUGUAAUGUUGUGUUGGAACGUGUGACAGGCGCUACCCCAACACCUACCACAGCUGCCGGUGGAACUGUCAACCGCUCUUAUGCGGUAACAGAUGCGGCCGCAGAGUCGGACUCUCCCCACUCUAUGGCGAGCAUCAAUUCACAAACUACUAUGAGCCCCAUGGUUCGCCGGGAGGCUCUAUGUACCCCGAAUAAGGAGUCACGUUUUUGGCGAUGUCGAAAACGUUCUCGGUUGGAUGAUGGAAGCUCUAGUGACACUUCCAUCCCAUCUUCGUCUGGAAGAAAACCUCGGACAGGCCUGCGCAAGGCGCACAGGGCAGAAAAGGAUAGCCAAGAGGAAGUAGAACACAGAGCAGCAGGCUCAGGAGAUCCAGAGCCAAAACCUGUGCGUUCACCCGCCGUAGAGUUGCAGACGACUGGCGCGAACACAAACACAGCGACCGAAGAUCUACGGAAAAGGAUCGAAGUUAAUCUGGCGACCGUAGAACAGAUCGCCAAAGCGUCCAAUCGCCUAAAGACGACCUAUGUAGCCGAUCUGAGAAACGCUGCUAGGGCAAUUAGAGAAGAUGCCGAUUCCCUUGCUUUUAGGACGUUAACUGACGAAACAAGUGCGCUUCGUGCAGAAAAUGAGCGUUUGCGCAUAAGGCUUGACUUUCUCCAAAGUGAGAUGCGAGAAAUGCGACUGCUCAUGCAACGGGGCCCGGUUGCCUCUGCACAAGCAGCGGAGUUGCCGCAGGACUUCGAAGCCAGGAUGAUCCGUCUACUGGGAGAUCUGAUCGAUGCACGGUUUAAUAACUUAGUGCCUCAACCAAAUCCGCAAUCGCGAUCCCGCCCGUCUACUGCGGCGGAUAGACGAGGUAGCCGGAUCGCUGAUAUUCGACAGGAAAGUUGCUCUGAAGCCUCAGAGGAUACGAGACCAAAACUAAGGGGAACUAAAACCAUAAUGACCCAAGAUGGGACGAAGAACAAAGAAACUAAGGAGAAAAAGAAGGGAGACAAGAAGAAGAAGAAGAAGAAGGGAAAAGGAUUAGGUAACGAAAAACAGAUGGAAGAACCGGUCCCUGAUAUCUCCCCCGCGGUGGUGGUCUCCACGCAUCUUGACGUGGAAUCCCCUGCUGUGCCUGCAGCCACCUGCUCUGAGGAGGGAUGGUCAGUUGUUGCAAAGAGGGGCAGAGCGAGUGCAAACAAAGUGCAGCAGGCCGGGCUCACUAAGCACACGGUGGAAUCGCGAAAAGCGUCUCAACACCCCCAGUCAGCACAACCUAAGCUAAGGGCUCCGAGGUCCGCGGCAGUCGUUCUGACAAUUCCAUCCGAGGCCCAGACCAGCGGUGUAACGUAUGCUACAGCUAUCCAAGAGGCGAGAUCCAAAAUAGACUUGAAGGAAUCCGGAAUCGAAUGUGUGAAAUUUCGCCAAGCGGUCACGGGAGCCACAAUCAUACAGAUUUCUGGACCGGGAAGCGACGAGAAGGCUGAUCUGCUAUCGGUUAAACUGAAGACCCUAUUUAAGGACAAAAAUAUCAAAGUCUCUAGGCCCGUAAAAAUGGCGGAUCUACGGGUGUCAGGUCUAGAUGCGUCUAUAACAGCGAACGACCUGAAGGAAGCCAUAGUCAAAAAAGGUGAAUGCUCGGCUGAACAGAUAAGAGUGAGUCAGAUAAAAAAGGACAAAACCGGAUUGUACGCAGCCUGGGUAAACUGCCCUGUAACAGCGGCCAAAAAAGUCAGCGAGGCACGUUUCCUCGUUGGAUGGGUUGCGGCGAGGGUAAGGGUGCAAAAACCACGGGAGCUACGUUGCUUUCGCUGCCUAGAAGUUGGUCACGUUGCUAACCGUUGUGUUGCGGAAUGUGACCGCAGCCAGCUGUGCUACCGCUGCGGGCAGCCAGACCAUAAAGCCGCCAGUUGUACCGCUAAGCCCAACUGCACAGUAUGCGCGGCUGCUGGCAGGAAAGCAGACCAUCGCUUAGGCGGCAACGGCUGCUCAGCGGACAAGGGGCCCAAAAAGAGGCCCAUAAAACCUACUGCGGGCUCCCAGACAGAAGCAUCAAAUAAUAUGGAGACUAUGGAAACCACUACAGUAUAG